GCGCCUUCCCCAACCCCGGCAACUGCUUCAAUGGAUGGGGCGGGGGUCGCUCUGCUAGUUCUCUUCUCUUGAAGGCCGUUGCAUGUAGCUCUUAAGGGGGGGGGUUGACGGGAGCGGGGCGGGCUGUGUUCUGGCGCCGGAUCUGCCCCUUCCGCCAAGCAAAAAGGAAACCCCCCACAGCCCCCCUUCAGCAGGGCCGCUCGCGGGUCUUGGGUUUAAAUGGCAUCAAACGUGGGAAGACGGGCUCUGCCCCAAGGAGCCUGCAGUCUCCCAAGUCCCAUCAUCCCUGAGCAUUGGCCAUACUGGGUGGGCUAAUGGGCGUUAUUUAUAUGCAGUAUUUUGUAAAAUUUAUACACAACUGGAUUGUGAAAACGAACAAACCUCCAAGCGGUUUACCAAAAAAACCCCAUAAAAUCAUCAGAAAUUACUAACCAUAAUUUAAGACCUUUGAAAUGUUAUCUUUUACCCUAUCUGAGUAGGCUUGUCUAAACAAGAAUGUAUUUAGCAGGUGCUGAAAAGAGUGCUGUGAAGGUGCCCUUCUGAUAUGAAUAGGCAGAGUUUCAAAGAGUAUUUUAUUGUUAUUUUUUAAUUUAUUAGAUUUAGAUACCGCCCUUCAUCAAAAGACCUUAGGCGGUUCACAAGAUAAAAAUACAAGAUAAAAACACAGAUAGUUAAAGUAAAAACCAUAAAACAAUAUAAUAUUCAUUCUACAAUUACUGUAGAAUUUUAAUCAGCCAAAGUCAAAAGUGUAGGUGCUGCUGCUCUAAAAAAUUGAGUUCUUACCAGUGGGGGAGAAGUAUUCUGUGGCACCUGUAAUAGUGCCACUUGGGCACAGCUAUUCCCCAUGCCCUGCGCUAAAACAAGACAUACAACAUUGGGAGGGGGAACAGGAUGAAACGGUGCCUGAAGGUGUGGAGAAGGGCAGGAUGGACUUCUUGAGCCUCUUCCUCCUCUAUGUGUUUCUGGUUCUGCUGACCAUUCUCCUUGUUUGUUUCUAUUCCGGAAGGAAGCAAAGCAUCCCCUCAAGGCUUAUCACCUGCAUAACUCAGGUGCUGUUGCAUAUAGUCCCAUCCCAAGUCCAAGGAGCUGCUCAUUGGGUGCUUCAUGGACUCUUCCAUAAACGAAACUGUACAUUUGUGGUCCUGCACUUGCUCUUGGAAACUUUGGUUUAUGGGGAAUAUUCCUGGGAAGUGUUUGGCUAUUGUCAGGAGCUGGAGUUCAGCAGUCACUUCCUCUUCCUCCCUUACCUACUCUUGGCUGUGAACAUAGGUUUCUUCAUUCUGUGCUGCAAGACUAACCCAGGUACCAUAACCAAAUCCAACCAGGUGCAGUUUCUCCAUGCAUAUGCCUAUGACGGUGUGAUGUUUGAGAAAGGGGUUGAGUGCUCCACUUGCAAAGUGAGGAAACCUGCCCGAUCCAAGCACUGUGGUGUGUGCAACAGCUGCGUGCAUCGUUUUGAUCACCACUGUGUCUGGGUCAACAAUUGCAUUGGUGCCUUCAACAUCAGAUACUUCCUGCUCUAUCUCCUUACCUUAAACUCCAUGGCUGUUUCCAUCGCAGUCUUAACAGCCAGUUUCCUCAUCCAGGUGGUCCUUCUGUCAAAUAUGAUGCAGGGGUAUUACACAGAUGACCAAGGCCAGGAGCGCCCGAUUGAUGCCUUCUUCCUUAUUCAGCAUCUUUUCCUGACCUUCCCCAGGAUCGUGUUCAUGCUGGGCUUUGUUGUUGUCCUUUCAAUUGUACUGGGCUCCUAUUUUUGUUUUACUCUGUAUCUGAUCCUGACCAACCAGACAAGCAAUGAGUGGUUCAAGUCAGCAAGAUAUAAAUGUUCAUCCUCAGAGGACGACACCAGGCAGAGGGGUUACAAAAAUAUUUAUUCUAGAGGCAUCCAGGGCAACAUCACAGAAAUUCUUAAGCCUAUUAUGAGCCCUGAAAAAAAGCAAAGGUGAGUUGCCAUUGACAGCAGUGGACUGUACAAAUCUUAAAUUUUUAAUCUAGUGCAAGGGUAGUCAAUGUGGUGCCUAUGGGCAUCCAGUGUGCCGGACACUACCUACCUCUUACGGGGCCUGUGAAAGGCCUUAGUUCUCAUCACAAUGCACAGAGAGGGUGUUUGCUCUUUCUGUGCUCUUUCUUUUUGCACUGUCUCAGCCUAUCCUUCAGUGGCUGGCAGAACUGCAUAUAGUGGCCCUCCACCCAUGCUCUUGGAAGUGGCAGCCAUCUCCAAAUGUGCCUACUGGCCCCAAAAGGUUAAUGACUCCUGACCUUACCUGUUGAGUCAGCCUUGCAAGCAAGCCCCAACAUACCAGUGCAACUGGAGUAAACAUACCUGUUUACUGCUAGUGUCUGGCUGAAAUGGAAGCUGAAGCUUCAGUUUGUGGUAGGGACAAGGAAAUACCAUAUUUUUCGCUCUAUAGGACGCACUUUUCCCCCUCCAAAAAUGAAGGGGAAAUGUGUGUGCGUCCUAUAGAGCGAA